UGGGUGUGGGGGGGGAGGGGUUGUCGAGGUGGCGAGAGAAUCCCUCCCCGGUCAGUGCGUGAACUCGGGGCGAGGGCUUCCCCCGGAAUCCCCGUCCCGCGCGGGGGGCUUCCCCCGGGGUUCCCAGCACGGCGCUGAGGUGCGCGGCGCUGCUGCUCUGUUACUUCGCGGCCCUCUUGCAGCUGCGGAGGAUGUGGAGCAGCAAGUACCUGAGGAGCCCCCUGACCCGCGCCCUGCUCCUCAACGCGCGGAGCCGGCACAACGACGACCCCGACAGGAUGCAGUGGUAUAUGUGUGACACGGAGUCUCUCCCUGCGCACCUGCGGCCGCUGUUCAUUCAGAGUCACCUGGAUGCUGGGACCCAGGCGUUCCUGAGGCAGUGCUCGGAAAAGUCCAGCUGGCUCUUCGUCCAGAUUUACUACUCCCUCGUCACCUCGGUCUUUGGCUUCUUCAUGUCCAAAACCUCCAUUAACGGUCUACUGGGAAGAGGCUCGAUGUUCGUGUUCUCAGAGGCACAGUUACUCCGUCUGCUGCAGGAGGGUCCUGACUGGAGGACCGGCAGGAUGCUGGAUCUCGGAGCCGGCGAUGGCAAGGUCACCAGCAUUAUGCGCCCUCAUGUGGAGGAGGUCUACGUCACAGAGGUGUCCCCUAUCAUGAAGUGGCAGCUGAAGAAGAAACAGUUCAGAGUGCUGGAGAUCGAUGAGUGGCAAAAUACCGGCUUUCAGUACGACGUGGUCAGCUGCCUGAACCUGCUGGACCGGUGCGACAGGCCCCUCACCUUGCUGCGGGAUAUCCGGAGGGUGCUGGAACCCCGCAAGGGCCGCUUGCUGCUGGCCGUGGUCUUGCCCUUCCAACCCUACGUUGAGAAUGGUGGGAAGUGGGAGAGACCCUCAGAGCGACUGGAGGUGUCGGGGGACACGUGGGAGGAGCAGGUGUCCAGCUUCAGUCGUGACGUGCUGGACCAGGCGGGCUUUGCCAUCGAGACUUUCACCCGCCUGCCCUACCUCUGCGAGGGUGAUCUCUACAACGAGCACUAUGUGCUGGAUGAUGCGGUCUUCGUGCUGACCCCUGUGUAGGGUGCUCUUCUCCUCUCUCCACCUCCUCCCUCAUGUCCAACUCACCCCUUUCCCAUCCUCUUCCUUCCCCACCUACACCUCACCUGUCCUUGCUCUCCACCCCCACUUUGCCCCCUUUGCACUGCCCCCCACCCCCCGUCAUAGACGGUGUGUCACCAGGCCCUCCCAAAAGCACGCGUAUUGGGUACACACUGACCCCUACGCCCUCUCGUUGCUGGCGUAUGUGCAGCGGAGACGAUAUUACCCUGCCCCAGGGAGGUCGCGAAUGGAGCCACAGUGGGGACGGACAAUCAGCUGACAAGGAGGAGCCUUGGGGGUUGGGGUGGGCUCGAACCCCAUGUCUCAGUACAGUCACAAACCUCUGCCUUAAUCUGGCACUGUCAGUGGGUAUCUUUCAGACUCGCCCACAUUGUGCUGUUUGGAGAGUUUUUACAAACUGUUUCGACUAUAAAAAUGUUUCGUGUUGACCUGUA